AUGCCUCGGCCUGGUAAGUCCUUUCCCGCACACCUUACUCCCUGCCAAGGAAGCCCUCGUUGUCUCAUCUCAUUCAUCUCUGCCUCACUUUUUCUUUUUGGCAGGUCGGUGAACAAUUUCCUCAUAACAGGUCCCAAGGCCUAUCUGACCUACACUACCAGCGUGGCCUUGGGUGCCCAGAGUGGCAUAGAGGAGUGUAAGUUCCAGUUUGCUUGGGAACGCUGGAAUUGCCCUGAAAAUGCUCUCCAGCUCUCCACCCACAACAGGCUGAGAAGUGCCACCAGAGAGACUUCCUUCAUUCAUGCGAUCAGCUCUGCUGGAGUCAUGUACACCAUCACCAAGAACUGUAGCAUGGGUGACUUCGAAAACUGUGGCUGUGAUGAAUCAAAAAAUGGAAAAACUGGAGGCCAUGGCUGGAUCUGGGGAGGCUGCAGCGACAAUGUGGAAUUUGGGGAAAGGAUCUCUAAACUCUUUGUGGACAGUUUGGAGAAGGGAAAGGAUGCCAGAGCCCUGAUGAAUCUUCACAACAACAGGGCCGGCAGGCUGGCAGUGAGAGCCACAAUGAAAAGGACCUGCAAAUGUCAUGGCAUCUCAGGGAGCUGCAGCAUCCAGACAUGCUGGCUGCAGUUGGCUGACUUCAGGGAGAUGGGAGACUACCUAAAGGCCAAGUAUGACCGGGCGCUGAAAAUUGAGAUGGAUAAGCGGCGGCUAAGGGCUGGGAACAGCGCUGAGGGCUGCUGGGCACCCAGUGAAGUCUUCCUUCCUAGCGCAGAUGCUGAGCUGAUCUUUUUAGAGGAAUCACCAGAUUACUGUACCCGCAAUUCCAGCCUGGGCAUCUAUGGCACAGAGGGUCGCGAGUGCCUACAGAAUAGCCACAACACAUCCAGGUGGGAGCAACACAGCUGUGGGCGCCUGUGUACUGAGUGUGGGCUGCAGGUGGAAGAGAAGAGAACUGAGGCCAUGAGCAGCUGCAAUUGCAAAUUCCAGUGGUGCUGUACAGUCAAAUGUGACCAGUGUAGGCAUGUGACUAUGUCCAACCCAGCUGUGCUGCUGGGAAUCAAAGGGAAUGGAAGCAAAAAAUGA